AUGGAGCUUCCACCUCGAGACGCCUCUCGAACUCUUGGAAAAAAGAGAAGCGCUCGCGCAAGCGCACUCACUCUAUCUCUCUCCCCCGAACGUGCGCAGCAUCAAAAUCAUCCGCAACGAAGCAUAACAUCUCCCGCCAAGCCCUCCUCCGCAACGCGUUCAACGCAUUCGAGCCUUUUCUCUCCCGACCUUUUACCACGCAGCGCAUCAGCAGUUCCUCACCACCAACAACACCACCGCAACAUCUCCGUAUCUCGUCCAUCGCCCAGUUCCAUCGACUAUGGCUCCAUGCACUCCGAAGCGCGAGCUGAAUCCGCUCUGACUGUUCGUCCUCCCACCACCCUCGAACGAGGAGGAUCGCCGCCCCUGACACCGUUCCCCCCGUGGGUCAGCGAAGAGGAAGACGAGGGCGAGGAGGAGUGUGAGAAUCGUACCUGGGGGGAGAAUUCUACGACAAAGAGACACAGUUACGAUGGUGGUCAUGUGCCGGUGACGAUUCUGCGCGUCGAGGGGAAGUGGGUGGUUAGUUCUGUCAUACAUGGCCUCGUGCUCGCGUUACAGUUUGCUGUGACACUGGGUGUUUUUAGCGCUUUGAUGUGGAUUACUGUUUGGAAGGAGAAUGAGCCUGGUAACGACUUUGACAAUUGGCUGUGGAAAUUUGCGGACCCGAGUCUCGUUGUCGUUCUCCUCCUCUGUGCAACAAGCCUCAUCAUCCACGAAAUCAAGCUCUUGUCAUCCGUGGCGCUUCUCUACCUCGAAUCACUCAUCCUCGUUGCCACUACUGUUGCAAGCUUCGUCCUCUGGACGCGGUGCUUUCAGGAGGAGAGCCGCAGCGUCAAGGGUGUGCUGAUGGGUAGUAAUGUGUUGAUGUGGGGACUUGCGUUCUUUGGAUUCGUCAGAGCUGUUAUCGUCUGGAAGGUUGAGGCGAGUGAAGUCGACGCGGAUCAGGAGAGGGCGGUUAUGUAUGGGACAUUUGUUCCGUGGGAUGAAAGACGGGAGUCUUUGUAG